AUGGAAAAAAACCCAAACACAUGGUCCAGGGCAGUUUUUAGGGAAGAUAGUGGUAGUGAUGCCAUUGAAAAUGGUGUAUCAGAGUCAUUUAAUGCAGCUAUUGUGGAAGCUAGAAAAAAACCAAUAAUAGCAAUGUUGGAAGACAUUAGAGUGUAUGUCAUGGAAAGGAUGUUUACUCAGAAAAGGAAGGGACUGAAGUGGAACUUGGACAUUUGUCCCUCAAUAAGAAGGAAGAUUGAGGACAUGAAGAAAAUACAAAGGUUUUGGGGAGUAAUUCCAAGUGGUUUUCAUCAAUAUGAGAGUAGAUGGUUGAAUGAGGUGUAUGCAGUUGACUUACAUAAAAGAACAUGUGGAUGUAGAUCAUGGCAGCUGACAGGUAUACCAUGUGUACAUGUUAUUUCUGCAAUCUUGUGCUUGAAUGGGAAUAUAAAGGAGUAUGUAGCAAAUUGGUACACAACACAAAUGUUUGGAAGCUGCUACAAGUAUAAUGUUAAGCCAAUUAAUGGACAUGAAAUGUGGCCAGCAAAUGAUAUGAAUACCAUCUUACCACCAAAGCGUAGAAGAUUGCCUGGCAGACCAAAGACAAACAGGAAGAAAUGCAUUUCAGAAAGAAGUGACAGACACACUGUCAGCAAAGUUGGGACCACUUCUAAAUGCAGUUUAUGUUCCCAACCAGGUCAUAACAAGAGGAAAUGUCCUCUGAAACAGCUUAAUGCAGUAGAUGAUUCAGAUCUCUUUGAUUACCAUGAGCUAUUUGAGGGUGAGGGGCAGGGUCAAGGGCAAGGACAGGGAGAAGGACAGGGACAAGGCCAUGGGGAAGCUGAGGAUGAGGUUGGAGGUGAUUCAAGGAAAGAAGUUGAAGGAGAUUCAGAGGAUGAUUUAGAGAUGCAGGUUGAACAACUAGUUGAUGAAGAAGUGGUGAAUCAUCAUGUGGUUGCUCCAACUUUGAAAAGGAGAAAGUGUGGUCCUUCUCAGAGGAACAUAAAACUUUGGUUGAGGAGGAAGGUGGUGACCAAGGAUGAUACAGGGGGAAGUCUUGAAAAUCCUGUAACACUCUAG